AUGGGGUUCGACGAUCCGACGAAAAAGCUCCCUCGAGAGAUCCCAACUUCGCCUGAUGCUGUACCCGUCGGAGACGGAGUCGCGAAUUGGAUCGCGAAAAACUACGACCCGUUCGACGGCACUUUCGUGCCUUCCUCGGCGACAGAGAAAACGAGAACUUUGUUAGAAGAAGUGGAGAGGAAACAAAACAAAGAAAUCGCGUCUGGAGGCGUUCUGUGUUGCGAUUCGAAAACGCCUUCGACGAUUUUAGCACACGGGGUUGGGUACAUCGCGGACGAUUGUUUGCUCGAUUCCGUCAUCGUCGGCCUGCAAACGACGAAAAUGCUGGAAAGGACGAUGAAGAUGAAAGGAGGCAUUCGAAUUGUCGAGAAAGCGUUGACAGAGCAAGGCGUACGCAUGGAUCCGUUCACGAAGAAGGUGUUUGAGCAAAACGUGCGAACGCACAACGAGUGCGUGUUUGAUUUGUACACGCCUGAGAUGAGGUUGGUACGAUCGAGUCACGCGCUGACGGGUUUGCCGGAUAGCUACGGACGCGGUCGCCUCAUCGGAGACUAUCGAAGAGUCGCGUUGUACGGGGUAGACCGGUUGAUCGAGGAGAAGCAGAGAGACGCGGCGAGGUUGGAUAUCUCGAACGCGAACGAGGCGAACAUGGAGAAGAAGGAUAAAAUUUCGAUGCAAAUCAGAGCUUUGCAUUUGUUGGACGGGUUGGCGAAACUAUACGGGAAAAAUAUCUCGAAACCGGCGACGACGGCUAAAGAAGCGGCGCAGGCGAUCUAUUUCGCGUACUUGGCGGUGGUGAAAUCGAACGAUGGAGCGGCGAUAUCUUUCGGAAGAGUCGAUGCGUUUUUAGAUAUUUACUUUGAGCGCGAUUUACGCACCGGGGUGCUCGCGAGCGAAGACGAAGCGCAAGAAAUCAUCGAUAACUUGGUGCUCAAGCUGAGAUUGGUUAGACACCUGCGCCCAAAGGCGUACGAUGAGAUUUUUGCGGGCGACCCGAUUUGGGCGACAAACGCCAUCGCCGGCGUUUUAGUCGACGCUAGCGGCUCGAAGAAGCACAUGGUGACCAAAACUUCCUAUCGUUUCUUGCAAACGCUUGUAAAUUUAGGCGCCGCGCCGGAACCGAACAUGACGGUUCUAUUUGACGAGUGUUUACCCGAGCCGUUUAAGAAGUUUGCGACGGAUAUCUCAAUCGCGAGUAGUAGCGUUCAAUACAUCAACGACAAACUCCUUCGCGAAAACUGGAGUUGCGAUACGACCGUUUCGUGCUGCGUCAGUGGUAUGCGACUCGGUAAAGACGCCCAAUUUUUCGGCGCUCGAUGCAACUUACCCAAGAUUCUCUUGUACGCUCUCAAUGACGGUAAAGAUGAAAUCUCUGGUAAACAAAUCGCGCCCGUAGAACUCGCGCAGCUGUUUGACUCGCUCGCCGAGAAAGCCCAAACGGACGAAAAUUUUAUCCAUCUCGAUUACGAGGACGUGAAGAAACGUUUCGAGACAUACAUGGAUUGGAUCGCCGAGUUAUACGUGUCAACCAUGAACGUCAUUCAUUUUUCGCACGAAAAAUACGCGUACGAAAGCUUGUUGUACGCUCUGAUGGAUUCUGAACCUGAAUACAACAUGGCUUUCGGCAUCGCGGGCUUAUCCGUGUUGGUUGAUUCACUUUCGGCGAUAAAAUACGCAAAAGUUCGUCCGAUAUUCUCCGAUGAAAAGGAAAUGAAAGGGAUAAUUACAUCGUUUGACAUCAAAGGCGAUUUUCCAAAGUACGGCAACGACUCGGACGAUGCGGAUGAACUCGCGAAGUGGGUUGUGCAAACAUUCAUCGAAAAGCUUCGCAAGACGCCCGCGUUCAAAAACGCCAAGCAUACGCUGUCGAUUCUCACCAUCACGUCGAACGUCAUGUACGGAUCGAACACCGGGGCAACGCCAGAUGGUCGAAGAUUGGGUGAAGCAUUUGCUCCGGGCGCAAAUCCUAUGCACGGUCGCGACAAUACCGGUGCGUUAAACUCGCUUAAUUCAGUCGCGAAAGUGCCGUACGGCGCGUGUUUGGACGGUAUCUCGAAUACUUUUUCAAUAACCAAAGGUAGUUUGGGCAAAGACGACGCGAGUCGCACCAAAAAUCUGGGUUCGCUUUUGGCCGGAUACUUCGAGAAAGGAGCAAUGCACUUGAACGUGAACGUUUUGUCGCGCGAAACGUUGAAGGAUGCGCAGAUUCAUCCGGAAAAGUAUCCAAAUUUAACGAUUCGAGUGUCCGGGUAUGCGGUGAAGUUCAUCAAACUCUCAAAAGCACACCAGGACGAGGUAAUCAGUCGCACGUUCCAUGAAUUCAUGUGA